AGGCAAUUCGGCGCAGUGCAAACUGACUGGAUGAGUAGCAGCCGCGGCACAGGCAGCAGCAUCAGCACCACUAGCUGUAGCAUCCUUCCUUUUUGUGGCUGCUGGAGGCUGUUCUCUGUGGCCGCCUUGGCAUCAGCAUCACACACACACACACACACACACACACAGAUACCGGGACGCAGACGUCUCCGCUGACUGCCUCAUACGCACACAUGUCGUGGCGGCCACCAGAGAGGAGGUAGUAAGUGACGGGGCUCGGGGGACCUAGGGACGCGAGCAGAGAAAACACCGGUGGCUGUGCAAAAGGGAAGAGGAGGGAGGGGAGGAGGGGAGGGGGAUCCGGGCUGGAGAAACGCCGACUAGAGCAACAGCAGAAGCGGCAGCGGCAGCAGCAGCAGCGGCGGCACCAUGGCGCAAGCCGCCAAGCAGCUCCGUAAGACCAAGGACCUCGCAGAGGCCGCCGCCCAGGAGCAGAGGGAGAAGGAGGAGGAGAAGAUCAAGAAGAGGAACCGCUCCAGGGAUCGCAGGCGCAAGGCCGAUGCAUCCACCAGCUUCCUGCGUGCAGCUCGCUCGGGGAACCUGGACAAAGCACACGAUCACUUGAAGAAUGGGAUCAGCAUCAAUAUCGCUAAUCAAAAUGGUCUCAACGGGUUACACCUGGCCUCUAAAGAAGGUCACGUCAAAAUGGUCCUGGAGCUACUACACUCUGGCAUUGAGCUGGAAGCCACCACCAAGAAAGGGAACACGGCUCUUCAUAUCGCAGCACUGGCAGGGCAGGAGAAAGUGGUGGCUGAGCUCGUCAACUAUGGUGCCAACGUUAAUGCCCAGUCGCAUAAAGGGUUCAGUCCCCUGUACAUGGCAGCGCAGGAGAAUCACUUGGAGGUGGUAAAGUUCCUGCUGGAGAACGGUGCCAAUCAGAGUCUCCCAACCGAGGAUGGCUUCACCCCCCUGGCAGUGGCCCUCCAGCAGGGCCAUGAGAAUGUCGUGGCGCUGCUCAUCAACUAUGGCACCAAGGGCAAGGUGCGCCUCCCCGCGCUGCACAUCGCCGCGCGGAACGACGACACGCGCACCGCCGCGGUGCUGCUGCAGAACGAUCCAAAUGCCGAUGUUCUCAGCAAGGUAUUUACUCACUACUGGUUCACACCUCUCCAUAUUGCAGCCCACUAUGAGAACAUGAGCGUUGCCCAGCUGCUUCUAAACAGAGGAGCCAAUGUAAACUUCACCCCCAAGAAUGGCAUCACACCCAUCCACAUAGCCUCCAGGAGGGGCAACGUGAUGAUGGUCAGACUACUGCUGGACAGAGGAGCACAAAUUGAUGCCGUGACUAAGGAUGAGCUGACUCCUCUCCACUGUGCGGCCAGGAACGGCCAUGCUCGCAUCAUUGAGAUCCUGCUGGAACAUGGUGCUCCCAUCCAGGCUAAAACCAAGAACGGUCUGUCCCCCAUACACAUGUCAGCUCAGGGGGAUCACAUGGACUGUGUCAGGCAGCUACUGCAGUACAACGCUGAGAUCGAUGACAUCACACUGGACCAUUUAACCCCUCUUCAUGUAGCAGCCCACUGCGGUCACCACCGGAUGGCCAAAGUCCUCCUGGACAAGGGGGCCAAAGCCAAUGCUCGAGCUCUGAAUGGCUUCACUCCUCUCCAUAUUGCCUGCAAGAAGAACCACAUGCGGUCCAUGGACCUGCUGCUUAAGCACUCUGCUUCCCUAGAAGCUGUCACAGAGUCUGGUCUCACUCCUCUUCAUGUAGCAGCAUUCAUGGGCCAUCUGAACAUAGUAAAGAACCUUAUCCAGAGGGGGGCUUCACCUAAUGCUUCCAAUGUGAAAGUGGAGACUCCCCUCCACAUGGCCUCCAGAGCAGGACACUGUGAAGUUGCCCAAUUCCUGCUGCAGAACACGGCGCAAGCAGACGCUAGGGCAAAGGAUGACCAGACACCUCUACACUGUGCGGCCCGCAUGGGCCACAAGGAGCUCGUCAAGAUGCUCCUUGAGCACAAGGCCAGCCCCGACUCGGCCACAACUGCAGGACACACGCCCUUGCACAUCUCUGCACGUGAAGGACACAUCCACACUAUUCGAAUCUUGUUGGAUGCUGGGGCACAGCAGACCAAGAUGACAAAGAAAGGCUUCACUCCCCUACACGUGGCCUCUAAAUACGGGAAGGUGGACGUGGCCGAGCUCCUUCUGGAGAGAGGGGCCAACCCAAACGCAGCGGGGAAGAACGGUCUGACACCCCUUCAUGUGGCCGUCCAUCACAACAACCUGGAUGUUGUUAGACUCCUGGUCAGCAAGGGAGGAUCUGCACACAGCACUGCCCGAAACGGCUACACUUCCCUGCACAUCGCGGCCAAGCAGAAUCAGAUUGAGGUGGCCAGUUGUCUCCUGCAGAACGGGGCAACACCCAAUGUAGAGUCCCUGCAAGGCAUCACGCCCCUGCACCUGGCCUCGCAGGAGGGGCGGCCGGACAUGGUGGCCCUGCUCAUCUCCAAACAGGCCAACGUUAACCUGGGGAACAAGAGCGGGUUGACGUCUCUGCAUCUUGUGGCUCAGGAAGGUCACGUGGGAAUCGCCGACACUUUGGUCAAACAAGGAGCUUCCGUUUAUGCCGCUUCACGGAUGGGCUACACGCCCCUUCAUGUGGCCUGUCACUAUGGCAACAUCAAGAUGGUGAAGUUCCUUCUGCAGCAGCAAGCCCAUGUGAAUAGCAAGACAAGGAUGGGCUACACCCCUCUGCACCAGGCGGCUCAGCAGGGCCACACUGAUAUUGUCACCAUGUUGUUGAAGCACGGAGCCCACCCCAAUGAGAUCACUUCGAACGGGACGUCUCCGCUGGGUAUCGCUAAGCGUCUGGGUUACAUCUCUGUCAUCGACGUUCUCAAACUUGUUACCGAGGAGUCCGUCUCCGCGAUCACCACAGAGAAGCACCGGAUGAGCUUCCCGGAGACGGUGGAUGAGAUUUUGGAUGUUUCGGAGGACGAAGGGGUUACCCAGCUCACUUUAGGGGACGAGUUGCUUGGGAUGGAUGGAGCACGGUAUUUGAAGCUGGAUGACUUCAAGGACCAGGACGAUGACUUCCUCUCUCCAAAGAAAUCCCUUAGAGACUUUGAGGGAGGCCUGGGUACCACGCCUUAUUCUCCUGCUAUUCCCAGGAUCCCUUGUGUGUCCCCGGAGACUGUACUGCUGGAUCAGCACACCCCUGUCCCCCUGCCCAAGGAGUACGAUGACGACUCUCUCAUCCCGAGCAGCCCGGCCACGGAGACUUCAGACAACGUCAGCCCCGUGGCCAGCCCUAUUCACACCGGCUUCCUGGUGAGUUUCAUGGUCGACGCUCGAGGAGGCUCCAUGCGAGGCAGCAGACACCACGGCCUGCGAGUCAUCAUUCCGCCGCGAACCUGCACGGCGCCGACGCGCAUCACCUGCCGCCUGGUCAAACCUCAGAAACUAACCACGCCCCCUCCGCUGGUGGAAGGGGAGGGGCUCGCUAGCCGAAUCAUCUCCCUGGGGCCAUCCAGCAUGCAGUUCCUUGGGCCAGUAAUAGUAGAGAUCCCCCACUUUGCCUCACUGGGCCGAGGGGACCGAGAGCUUGUGGUCCUUCGCAGCGAAAAUGGUGCCGUCUGGAAGGAACAUCGCAAUCGCUAUGGUGACGAAGUGCUGGAAACGAUUCUGAAUGGCAUGGAUGAAGACUUGGAGAGCCACGACGAGCUGGAGAAGAAGAGAAUCCGUCGGAUCAUCUCCACCGACUUCCCCCUCUACUUCGCCGUGGUCUCCCGUAUCCAGCAGGAGAGCGAGCUGAUCGGCCCGGAGGGCGGCCGCUUGACCAGCCAGCUGGUGCCGCGCGUCGAGGCCAUCUUCCCCGAGACGGCCGUCACCAAGAGAGUGAGACUGGGGCUGCAGGCGCAGCCAAUCCCCGAUGAAAUGCUGACCCGGCACCUCGGUAACCAGGCGACCUUCAGCCCCGUGGUCACCAUCGAGCCGCGGCGCCGCAAAUUCCACCGGCCAAUCGGCCUGCGCAUCCCUUUGCCGCCGUCCUGGCGGGAGAGCCCCCGGGACGCCGGCGAGGGGGACACCACCAGCUUGCGCCUCCUCUGCAGUGUCAUCGGUGGCACGGCGCCGGCUCAGUGGGAGGACAUCACCGGCACCACCAAGCUCAUGUACGCCCACAGCUGCGCCAACUUUACCACCAAUGUUUCUGCGAGAUUCUGGCUUGCAGACUGCCCGCGCACGGCGGAGGCCGUGACCUUUGCCAAUUUGCUGUACAGGGAGCUGAUGGCCGUUCCGUACAUGGCCAAGUUUGUUAUUUUUGCUAAGAUGAAUGAAGCACGAGAGGGACGCUUGCGUUGUUACUGCAUGACGGAUGACAAGAUGGACAAAACACUGGAGCUGCAUGAAAACUUCAGCGAAGUGGCCCGCAGUCGAGACAUUGAGCUGAUGGAGGGCAUGCCGCUGCACCUCGAGUGUUCGGGGAACCUCGUGCCCAUCAGGAAGGCCACCCAGCAGCCUCGCAGCUUCAGCUUCCAGGCCUUCAGAGACAACCGGCUGCCCGUCUCUGUCAAGGUCAGGGACAGUAACAAGGAGGCCGCUGGAUUUUUGUCCUUUCUGCGGAAGUGCACCAAGUACGAGGAGACUCAGCACGUCCUGUGUAACCUAAACAUUACCAUGCCCCCAUGUGUCAAGGUUGCUGGAAGUGAGGAGCGCCGGCGGACCUUAACCCCCCUCGCCCUGAGGGAGCGCUACAGUGCCCUGAACGAGCCGGGUGUGGCCACAGUGAACGCCAUGCAGAGGACCGAGCUCAAGAUCAACAUCAUAUCUGAACAGCUGGGUUUGAGCUGGGCAGAGUUGGCACGUGAGCUUCAGUUCGGUGUGGACGACAUCAACAGGAUUCGUGUGGAGAACCCAAACUCCCUGCUGGAGCAGAGCUCGGCCCUACUCAACCUGUGGGCCAGCAGAGAAGGCAAAAGGGCCAAGAUGGAGAGCCUGUACGCGGCUCUGAAGAACAUCGACCGAGCGGACAUCGUAACAUCUCUGGAGGGUCAGGUUCCGCAGGCAGCGCCCGGCUUUUUAGAGGAGGGGGCCUGUCGACUCGGCGACCGCGACUCCACCCUGCUGUCCCCCAGUGUCCUCAAUGAGGUCACGGACAAAAGGCCACCGCGCCUUAUGCACAAGCCUCAAGUUAUUAGACCCCCGUUUUUCAGGAGGGGUUAUGGGCUGGUGCAGGAGGAGCUGCUGUCCCCGGCCUCCAUGCAGUACAGCUUGCCCUCCCCGCUGGGCUCAGAGCCCUACUGGCAGGAAGUGUCCAGCCUCGAGUGCGCCCCCAUCGCCACCACCGAGGAAGACACGUUAAUGGAGAUGUCGGAGGUUCAGGUGUGGCCGGCGGGGGUCAGCCCCUCGUUGGUCACGGUGGAGGACUACUCGCUAGAGGGCAGCAGUCGCGCCGACGACUCGGAGGGCGCCACGCUCUCCCUUCCCUGCAGCUGGGGUCGCCCGAGCAGCGGUGCCAGUGGGGCCAGUGGCUCCAUCAUGGAGCUGGAAGAGGAGGAGGAGGAGGAGGAGGAGGAAGGGGAGGUUGAGGAGGAGGAGGCGCCACAGGAGCCAGCCACUGCGCUGGCAGAAUGGGACAGGGUGAGGGCCAGUGGUGCCGUACCCAAGGUCAACCUAAAUGGCCAGCUGGGAGGUCAGAGGUUGGAGGGGAGGAGAGGGGAGGUCAUUGCACCAGAAGGAGGACGAGGAGGAGGAGGAGGAGGAGGAGGAGGAGCAAAAGGGGGAGGUGGAGUUGUAGGGUUGGGUUCAGUGGAAGGGAUUUCUGUUGUUGCAGGCCAGCAGGUGUACGCGCAGCGGUAUGAGAUGUCAGGAGUGAGUCGGGCUUUGGAGCACAACGGAGAUAACCGCGUGGUGGGAGGAGGAGCAUUUCAACCUUACCUACCAGACAAGGACUCCCCGCAGGGCUGUCUGUCAUCGGGACGCGGCGGAGGCGGACCCGGCUUGCACGUGGCCCAGGAGGCUCUGCUGACUCCGACGGAGGAGAAGGAGGACUUUGCUGCUGAGGCGCAGUUUGUGGAUGAACACGGACGCGUGCUUGCCAGAAGGGUGGGGGUGGAUGUGAGAAAGGGCGCUCAGUCAGCGCAGCGCACCAGUCUGCGGAGAGUUAAACACUGAAAUACACAUACUGCCCCGUCCUCCAGGACCGGAAAGCCACUGCCAAAUCAUCCUACACAAAAACACAAGCAGGCCGCAGGGGGAAAUGAGCAAAGAAGGAGAGGAAGAGAAAGAAAAAGACUAAAGGAGGGGGAACUACAAAAUGACAAACACCGAGCCAUCCUCAGCGUGUGACCAUGGGACAUCACAAAAGAAAAAGAGACAGAGGAAAAAAAGAGUUUGACUUGUAGUUUUAUAACAUUUGUAAAGAAAACAUCAACUAGAAUAAGGCAUGAUUCUUCUUCCUUUUUGUUUGUUUUUUACAAAAAAAAAAAAACAUAAAUGUCAGUAAAACAAUUAAGAAGAAAAAAAAGCAACAAAAAGUGCUUCCUGUGAACUGUAAUCGCAUGAUGACUGCUGGUGCAUGACCUUUGACCUUUUGAACUGUCAUUAUCCUCAAAACUGAAGGGGUGCAAGGUACGGGGCUGGCCCAUGAUUUCACGGACCUGUGAUUUCAAGGACCUAUUCCUCCCCCCACACACCCCCUCCCCCACCACCCCCCCAACCGGAGGUGUUUGUAUCAAGUUGAGUCCAAUGACACUACAGCCAAAAAAAAGAAGUCCCUCCAUGGACGGUUCCGUACACAGCUGAGCUUCUGCUGAGCCCACCGCUGCUUCUCUCACUGGACCCCUUCCCCCCUUAUUAUUCUCAAUGUGAUAUAUGCACUCUUAUGCUACGUGGACAUGUGUCGGUGUGUGUGUAUGUGUGCGUAUGUGUGCGCGUAUUCUUCUCUGCAAGCAUGUUUUUGUUUUUUUCUUGGCCCCGGCUGGGCGCCGAGCCCCUGCCUAGCGAUUGGCUCUUUGGACCUGUGAUGUCACGGCCCGCACAGCGCCGGGAUGAGCGCCGCCCCGCUUGUUAGUGUUCCUGUCUGCGUGUGCCGUCGUCUCUUCCUUCGUGGAUGAAGGUGUUUUUUUUUUUUUUUCCCGCCUCGGUUUUCAUUCGGUGUCGUCACAGAAGGGAACUGAAUUCCUUUCACCCCUCGUGUCUUUUGGAAGAGGGGGUCGGUUGCUUGAUUGUAUUGUGCAGCAGCCCUACAACACAAAGAUUGACGCUUCUCCCCCCCGUGACCUUUUUGUACCUUCGUCCGUCCUUUUGUCCCAGUAGCGCGCGCCGUCUCGAUUUCACAGUCUUUAUCAGUAGCCUCGGUCAAUAUGCAGUAAAAUGAACAGGCCUCUUCAUCAGCAUCAAUAGCUCCUCCAUCUAAUGCUACCAGCUUUUUUUGGGCGCUCCCUCUUUAUCGGUUGGCAACGUUCUCCUCACCGUCACCCAACGUAGGUCCAUCCAUUUUAAGCCGGGUGAAGGAAGCGCAAACAACGCGAGUGAUCCAAUCAGUUUCGAGGAUUUCGGAGUUUCAAUGGUAGCAAGGGUGAAAUAAUAUUAUGCUACUACAGUACGGUAGCGUGGUACCGCGAUGAGAACGGUGCAGCUUGGACAGACAGGUAGCACUGUGAUUGUCUUAUCAACACUGACCCCUGACUUGUGAACUGUGAAGACACACAAACAAAAGCACACUGCACGCUCUCAUGUGCACAUACAAACACUAAAUCAGAAACGUAUCGCAUUGCGACGGUAUAGUUACAGCCUGGUCCGAGGGGUUGAUUUUCAAGUCAGCCACAGCAAUAAUACCUAACGAGGACACCGGCGAUGGAGGCCAGAGGGUUCUGUAGGUUCUUCGUGAAGGAUUUGGAAAAUGAAGAUCGGAGUGUGGCAGCUGCUCUGCGUGUGGAUCCGGGAUCGUUUGGAUCGUUUGUUUUUCAGCACCUAACGUAGCAAAACAUAAACCGGGAGUCUUGCUCCUGCCGUGAGGGUGAAACCACCAAGCUUACUGUAGCCUGAAUGAAUGAGACACCGAAUGAGUGGACGCAUCACACACAAACGCACAUCGUUUUCCGUUACCCGCUCCGCGCACACCAGAGCCUCAUCCGAUAUAUAGCACAUGUUUAUGACAUGUCACGUGUUUUCCACUGUUACUCCACUCAGGUUUUCAGUUCUGCUCCGUCAGAAUCAAAGUGUUUUUCCUUUUUAGAGUUCAGAGUCCUCCUCGGUAGGACCAGCGUGGGACACGCAGCGAGUGCUUCUGGAUUAGACUUUGGUUGUUGGGGCUAAAGGGAAAAGUUGGGAAGUGUAUGAUGCCGGAAAGGAUUGUGUGUGGGCGUUUGGGGGUGUGGGUGUGUGUGGUAUGUGUGGGUGUGUGUGUUUGUGGCGGUUGAUUCAAAUAAGACCAAAGAGGAGACAAAGUAUCUAGCAUGUUCUCCAGCGAGCCCUCAGCUCUUGGCCCUGUACGUACAAGCUGGCUUGGAGGGAUCCUCCUCGCUGCUAAGCGAGAAAUGCAAAGUGACGAUGAAGAAGAAUGUACCAAAAAGUAUUUGGUGAAGCAUUAUCCCCUGGAUAGGAAAAACAAGUUGAGGGACUAGUUAGCCUCUGUAUCUUGUACUGUAUCAGCACAAGAAAGAGGUUGGAUCGAGGUAUUCGCGUGGAGAAUGACUUCUCGGAGUUAUAUACAGUUGUUUGUCUGCCAGUGGCAGAGGGUCGUCUUUCCCCCACGUGGGAUCUUAACUGCACACGCAGGUGAGAUGGAGACACGAGUCAGAAGACAAAAUGUUUGGUGCCUGCGCAUGUUGCAGUGCAAGGCCACAUUGGAUCCAAGUCCGAUGACACUGUUGACUGCUUCCUUAGUCUUUAGGGUGAAUCCCUUCACCAUACAGCUUGUUGGCCUUGCGCAUUAAGGUUACUAUUGGACAUUAAAGUAAUAAUUCAGCUUGUUUGCUGCCCCCCGGUGGUUGAUAGAACUCAUGGCGGCAAAACAACAAAGACUAAAUCUUAAGGAUUAUAACUCUGAGCGUUUGACCAUUUAUUUGAUUUCCACUCAAUUUAAACUCAUCAAUUGGAACGUGCUCUAUAAUCCAUUCAACUCCACAGUGUGUGUGUGUGUGUGUGUGUGUGUGUGUGUGUGUGUGUGUGUGUGUGUGUGUGUGUUUGAGUGUGUGUGUGUGUGUGUGUGUGUGUGUUUGAGUGUGUGUGUACGUGCGUGCAAUGGUGCUGUGUUCCAAACCCAGUUGGAUCAGAGGGGAAGAAGAGAGAACGUGUGACCUGAGAGGACGUGUAACCUUCGACGACGUAUUUAAAAAAAACAAAAGAGUAUUGUAAAAUUUUAACUGUCGCGAAAGAAUAGAGAUCACCUAUACUCCUUUAGAAUGGAUACAUGACAAUGUAAACGCAAUAUCAUACUACUAUAUCCUACGGAAUGCAACUGCGCACAUGCACAAAAAAAAUGUUUUUAUGAAAAUAUAUGUAUAAAUAUAUGACAAAAUAUAUUUAAUUAGAAUGCUAUGCACCCUCAUAGAGUUGUUAUGGAUGUUCUUUAAGCAUUAUCUAGAGUAGGCCAACGCCCACAUCAUGGGGAAUGUAGAGGCUUUGUAGCUAUUAACACUUGUUUUCUUUUCUUUUUGUAAUGUCCGGGAGCGAGGAUAAACAAACGUCAAUAUGUAUACAAGCCUUUCAAUCAGUCAUUCGGACAUGAAAAUAUGUAUAGAUCAUCUUACCCUGUACACCAGCUCAAACCAUUUACAAGAAAUAAUAAACAAAGAUGUGACAUAAA